UAUUAGUGCAUACAUUCUUCGACUGCGAAAGAAUUAAAAACAUUGAGCCGUCCGAAGGUAAACUUUUAGUUUUAUUUGUAAGUCACGUAUCCUAGGUAGGCUGUUUUCGAAAUGUUCUAAAAAAAAGAGGUAUUGAGAAAGCCGCAGUUAUCGACUCGAUUAAAAUAGUUCUUUUGCUUUCCUAAAGUUUGGAUACGUAUGAUGUUUAUAACUUUUUGGUCUCUUUAAGACAGCCCUUCUUGUUCUUGCUAUCAGGGGAUCGUGUAAAAGCUCUAGUCUCAGAAGUGCUUCUAUGGACAAAAUUGGCGUGCUUUUCAUGGCUCUUUUGGUCCCAGAUUUAGUACUUUCCCCCGAUUCUUGUUUUAGAUGAUACGAUCUAUACCUCCGAAUGAAAUUGCACUAGGUUAGAAAAACCUAAAACGUUCAAAAUUUAUGCUAAAAUACUCGAGGAGUAACUGCACGUUUCCUCUUAAAAUUUAUCCGCUAGAUGUAACGCAUCGAGCGACAGACAAGGGCUUUUGUCAAAAACUUAAUGGAAUUGGACAAUCAAAAACAGACGCUGGUGGUCGGUAGUUAUGGAGAAUUAUAACGUACUCCACCUUCAGCUGGAAAUAUAGAUCUUAGGUUAUAAGGACAAUCGGUCAUCAUGGAACUGGUAAAGGUCGCGGAUUAUCCACAAAGCUGUAGCUUAAGGGGCCGAGAGGAAGUUCUAGGUAAUACUAUAGUAAAUGGAGGUAUAAGGUUUGCGUGCUCCAUAAACGGAUGUAUUUGAUGAGAGUUUUGGUUCUGUAUGUGGACUCGUUUUAAAACUGAACUUUGGUAGCAACAAUUAUUAGAAAAACACUAAUCCCUCAAACGAAAGGAUAAGUCGGUAACAGCACAGAUUACCCAGUAUAGGUUAAUCUGUGGUAACAGAAAAGUUACUUUAACUGAUACCACGCGCCAUAUUUACAUAAACCUAGAUCUACAAAUCCUACCUCACGUCCUGUAUUUAGGUGUACUACACGUUUACGCGAACGGAACCGCAAAAAUAAUCGUAUAGCUGCUGCAGUUUAUAAUGUAAUUUAUUUUAAAAGCUUUUUACGACACCCAUAAGCUUUGAACAGGAUCAGAAAAUUUUAUGGUUCCCAGCUACGAUAUGCACAGUUCCGUUCUACUACCAAUAAUUGUAGUUGCCUUUUUUCGACACCUUCCUGGAACUGAUGGGAUAAAGUGUUUCCAAUGUAAUAGCACAGAAAACGAAGAGUGUUUGACCCUGUCAACAACAGACCUGGAUAGCCCUUUUUACCAGGAAUGCGAACCGACGAAUGAUGCAGUUAAACCGUUUUGUAAAAAAACCAAGUACUUUAUGAACUAUCCCUACUCCAUUUUCCGUAUAACGCGAGAAUGUGGACGCGUUUUUUUUAAAGAUGAUGAUGAAGGCUGCAAAUAUGCUGACGUACUAAAGGCCGAGAAGGUGUGCCAAUGUUUUUCUGAUGGGUGCAACACAUCGGCGAACACGACGGGAGAUCGUUACCGAGCGGUUCUUCUUGCUUCAUUUUUAUUUUUGCUUUUGUAACUAAUUUAAGUGACACAAACAGAUGCUUAUUUCGA